ACAAACAAAUUUUUCAAGUCGAUCGGCAACAAAUUAUUGAAAAAUAAAGAGAAUUAUGGAAGAAAAACAACCUUCAAACACUCCAGCUCCUUCAUCGGGACCCGCAAAGCCCUUCAAAGGUCGUUACAACAUCCUAAACGAUCCAAAUACUGCUCCGGCGAGAAUUUACGUCGGUAAUUUGUCGGAAACGAUUGAUGAGGGCACUUUGAGAACCCGAUUCGGAACUUAUGGACAAAUAUCAGAUGUUCUGUUGAAAAAGGGAUUUGCGUUCAUUCAAUUUAUGUCGAAAGACUCUGCAGCGGAGGCAAUUGCAAAGGAAAACAAAACCACGAUGUUAGACAAAAUUAUUGCCGUGCGAACAGCUGUCAAGAAGGGAAAUGAAAACGAAAGUGCUGCACAACCACCGAAUAAUAGCGUAAUUCCGUCGAAUAAUGGACCUCCAAAGAUAAACAAUGCUCGAGGACCUCCUCCGUCACAACAACAACAACAACCGCCGGCUUUGCCAUUCAAUCACACUGUCACUUCGAAUCAUAUUGAGAUCAUGGCUAUGUCUCGAGACUUCACAGAAUACGCGGAAAAUAUCGAAACGUAUCUUAAGAACAAAAACUUAAAAGUUGACAUUUUGUAUCCGAAUCCAAAUGUCCCGAUGCCGAGUUUGCUUGAAAAUAUCCAAAUGCGUGGCACACUUUUCGCCCUGGAAAUCGACGAGCACAAUCAGCGCGACGAAACUGUAACUGUCUACAUGCUGUACCACGAAAAAAUUAAAUGGCAACGCGACAUGCGAGUACAAGACGCUUUAGCGCACGUUCAAAAAUGCUCCGAAGAAUACAUCCAACCGAGCAAUUCCACGCCAGCUCUCGAUCAACAACCACCUGCUGCAGGAUCAUUCACUCACAAAGACACCGCAGAACCCACAAAUGGCAUGUCAUCCACAUCCUCGCCUCAAUUCAAAACGUAUGAAGGCUCCAUGAAGACCAUCAACGAGCAAGUAGCGAGUUUAGUGAAACGCAACAUGGUAUCCGUCGCCGAUCUUGACAACUUUAUCGAGCAACUACGAAAAAUGCGACGUGCUGUGGCUGUUAUGGAGAAUCCUUUGAACCCCCAACCAGAACCAGAGGUACCGGAAGAGGAUCCCGUCGAGCAGAGAAUUCAGGGAAUCAUCAAAUCGCAAAAUUAUCUCGAGCAAUUGUCGAAACCUGAACCAUUUGUCAUGACGAAAGAACGUUUGGCACUUUUACAAGACCCAAAAAUCGAAAGGGCUCUUGACACACUUUUACAUCCCGACAUCUUUUCGACGUUAGACCUGAGUUUCAUUAAAAAUAUGUAAAAAAAUAAAGAUUUCAUGUAACUUUAAGAGAGUAUUCAAGUCGAACGAAUGAGAGAAACGUAUUUGGAUAGAAAUGCUCUCUAAUCGUAUGUCGUUGCAUGUCACGUAGAAGCAAUGUUCUGGUCAAGUAGUCAUCAAGAAACAAUUUUUUUGAUGAUUUUCAUGUAAUUUACAUAAA